AUGGCAGAACAACAAAGACAAAAUCCACAGGAAAGACCCGCAGAGAAAACAAUUGUAGAGCAGCCUCUCAGAGAGCCCAUUCUGGAGGAAAACAACAACAGAUUUGUUAUUUUCCCCAUUGAGCACCACGACAUAUGGGCCAUGUACAAGGACGCAGUUGCAGUUUUCUGGACUGCAGAAGAAGUCGACCUGUCUAACGACCAGGCAGACUGGGAGAAGCUCAACGCGAACGAGAGACACUUUAUCUCGUACGUCCUUGCAUUUUUCGCAGCCUCUGACGGAAUUGUGAAUGAAAAUCUCGUUGAAAGAUUCGCGUCCGAGGUCCAGAUAAGCGAGGCAAGAUGCUUCUACGGAUUCCAGAUUAUGAUAGAGAAUAUACACGCUGAAAUGUACAGUUUGCUCAUUGACACGUACAUAAAAGACAGCGAAGAAAAAAACUUCCUCUUCCAAGCGAUGGAAAACAUCCCCGUCAUAAAAAAGAAGGCAGACUGGGCUAUUCGCUGGAUUUCCGACAAGGAGGCGUCGUUUGCCGAUAGGCUCGUGGCAUUUGCCUGCGUGGAGGGAAUAUUCUUCUCCGGGUCGUUUGCAUCCAUUUUCUGGCUUAAGAAGAGGGGGCUUAUGCCGGGGCUCACCUUCUCAAACGAACUUAUCAGCAGAGAUGAAGGGCUGCACUGCGACUUCGCGUGUCUUCUUCACUCGCACCUCGUGAACAAGUGCAAGAACAUCCGGAAAAUAGUCGCAGAGGCAGUUGUCAUAGAGAAGGAGUUCCUCACGGACGCACUCCCCGUGUCUUUGAUAGGAAUUAACGCAGACUCCAUGUGCCAGUACAUUGAGUUUGUUGCUGAUAGGCUGCUAAUCGCUCUGAACGAGGAGAAGAUGUACAAUGCGCAGAAUCCCUUCGACUUUAUGGAGCUCAUUUCCCUCAGGAGGAAGGCGAACUUCUUCGAAAUGCGCGUGGGAGAGUACAAGAGAGCAGCUGUAGGCCCCCCGCAAGCCCAGGGAUUUGCCAUGGAUGACGACUUCUAA